CUUUCAUUUCCUUUCUUUACUGCGCGUUAGGGCAUCUCAGUUGACUCCAGAUUCCUCUCCUCUCCCCCAAAGAUGACAUAUACGAGAGUGAAAAGGUCUGUUUCACCGCCGCGGUCUGUCUCACCUGUCAAAGGCCACCGAUCGAUAUCACCAUCAAGGUCUAGAAGAAGUCGUUCGAGGAGCCCAUCUGUGGAUGCAUCCAAUCCUGGAAACAACUUGUAUGUGACGGGCUUAUCCACAAGGGUAACAUCUGCUGAUGUUGAGAAAUUCUUCAGCAAGGAAGGCAAGGUGUUGGAUUGCCAACUUGUAACUGACCCUCGCUCCAGAGAAUCUCGUGGAUUUGCAUUUGUCACCAUGGAAACUGUAGAGGAUGCAGAACGAUGCAUUAAGUACUUGAAUCGUUCUGUGCUUGAAGGUCGACUAGUCACUGUGGAAAAGGCGAAGAGGAAGCGAGGGAGGACACCGACUCCAGGAAGGUAUCAAGGCUUGAGAGAUAAACGAGAUGCAGGACAUGAUCGUGGAGGUCGUGGUUAUGGUGACCGUGACCGCGACCGUGAACGUCGACGGUCUCGUAGCUAUUCUCCUCGUAGGCGGCAAGACAGAGAGCCUCCAUCCAGGGACUGGCGAGGAAGGUCACGUUCUCCACCAGCUAGGGAUAGGAGGGUGGAUGAGCAUUCAGACUCAUACAGGAGGCGCAGGGAUCACUCUUGAAUCUGCUGGCAUUUAUAGCCACCAAUGCCAGACUUUCCCCCAGGUUUGGGAACCUGUGAUCACAGAAUUUCGGAAUCUUAGUACAAUUGCGCUUUUAUUUUUACCCAACUCUUUCCGUAAUGUCGUUGUACUUGUAACGUAUGAGCAGACACACACGCUGUGAGGCCUUAUUUGUUGUUGAUCACUUCCUCAAGUUGCUAUGAAGUAUGAACACAGAUGUGGUUUAAAUCUUGUUUCGCUGA